UUUGAACAACCCAGUGUAAAGUAAAGUACAUCCUGUGAAGAACAACUACCGGAUACACAAGAAGAACGGACCUGUUUAUUAUUAAAACUUUUUUACAUUAAUAUUUUGUUUAGUUUGAGCGUGGACUUUGGGGACAAAAAAACUCUACACGAACGGGUCUAGUCAGAACAAAAGAACACACCGCUUCAGAGAUUACUUUGUAACUUUUGGAGAAUUAUUUUAUUUUUAUUUAAUUUUUUUCACCACAACCAACGUUUCUGCUUUCCUGCUGCACAGCUUUAUGUAUUUGGAGCUAUUACUUUUAUCCCGCCGUCCUACUAUGGUCAUUAUGGAGGUCCCCAGCAUCGACUGCGCGUCCCUCCGUGGUUUGUUGGAGGGCGACGACCCGGGCUGCCUGGUGCUGGACUGCCGCUCCUUUUUCUCCUUCAACUCGUCCCACAUACCCGGCUCCACUAACGUGCGCUUCAGCACCAUAGUGCGCAGGCGAGCCAGAGGGGGGCUGGGGCUCGAGCACAUCGUCCCAAACGAGGACACCAGGAACCGGCUCCUGUCCGGGGAGUACCAGUCCGUGGUGUUCCUAGAUGACCGGAGUUUGGACUUUAGCCAAGUGAAGAAAGACGGGACUCUGAUGCUCGCAGUUACAGCCUUGUGUCGCGACCCCUGUGGCGCUGGUGUGUUUAUUCUCAAAGGCGGCUUUGAGACAUUUUCAUCAGAGUAUCCAGAGAUGUGCACCAAACCCUCCCCUCCGCAAGGACUCAGUUUGCCCCUGAGCGCCAGCCAUCCUGGGAGCGCAGACCCUGGCUGCAGUCCAUGCAGUACCCCCCUAUAUGAUCAGGGGGGUCCAGUGGAGAUCUUGCCCUUCCUGUACCUUGGCAGUGCUUACCAUGCCUCCAGAAAGGACAUGCUGGACAUGCUGGGCAUCACUGCGCUAAUCAACGUCUCUGCCAACUGUCCCAACCACUUUGAGGACUCCUUCCUUUACAAGAGCAUCCCUGUCGAGGACAACCACAAAGCCGAUAUCAGCUCCUGGUUCAACGAGGCAAUUGAGUUUAUUGACUCAGUGAGGAAUAAAGGAGGCCGUGUGUUUGUGCACUGUCAAGCCGGCAUCUCCCGCUCUGCCACCAUUUGCCUCGCCUACCUCAUGCGUACCAAUCGUGUGAAGCUGGACGAGGCCUUCGAGUUCGUCAAGCAGCGCCGCAGCAUCAUCUCGCCCAACUUCAGCUUCAUGGGCCAGCUCCUCCAGUUCGAGUCCCAGGUGUUGGCUUCGUCCACCUGCUCUUCAGAGGCGGGAAGUCCGGCCAUCGGCAAGAGCAGCACCGUCUUCAACUUCCCCGUCUCAAUCCCUGUACACACCUCGGCGGGGCAGCUCUCCUUCCUCCACAGUCCCAUCACCACCUCCCCGAGCUGCUGAGGAAGGAUGGAGCAGCAUGGACAUUGUUUGGACUUGUAAUUCAUUAGUGACUCAAACACAGAGCGCUACAUGCAAAGAGUCCCUUAAUUCAGCUCCGUUAUAUGGUGAUACUGGUAUCACUGGACAAAAGGGGUGUCAUUGCUUGGGGAUGGUCAUAUUGACAAGUUUGUGGACUGCCGCCCAGUUCUCUGGACUGUAACUGCAGGUUGCCCCCAUCAUUUCAAGUGGAGUUCUGAUUGCUACCAUCUGGCAGUAUUGAUGUUUAAGCUCCUGCACAAAUGUGAAUGUCACCCACACUCCUAGAUGUCAUGGGAAAUGGCUGAAAAACAUAGCUAACGUUGUUCCUGUAGAGGAAGUUAGAAGUAUUUCAAAAAUCGUUAUUGAAAGGACUUUUUUUUUUUUUUUUUACUGAAGUCAUGAAGGCGACAGCUUUUGAUAAUCAAAAUCUUUUUUUUUUUUUUUUUACAACAAAAUGGGGAGGGCUUGCAGUUGUCUUGGGAAUGUUGAUUUCUCCUUUGAGUUGUUCAUUUUGCUUUCUGAGCUGGUCAAAGGAAGCAGUAUAUAUAAUUUUAUUGCCAAACCUUAGACGCAAGCAUGGAAGUCACUCCUCCAUUUGACGAACAAUGAAUGUAUCUCCUUCCCUGUGGCACAAGUUUUCAUUUUCAGUUUGAAAGUGGAGUGGGUUGCCAAUUCAAAUGCAAAUACCUGCCUUUCAAAACAUCAUGACGAUCAUCAUGACGAUCAUCAUGACGAUCAUCCUGACGAUCCUGACACAUUGGGGAAACCAACCAUUAAAUACCUCAUGUUUCUGUACUGUGUACUGCAGCGCUGAGACAAAGACAGAGCCCCCAGACUGCUAAAAUGGGGCCACAUAGUCCUCAGUGACUGCAUUCUGACAUAUUUAUUGAACUAAAGUAAUAUAUUUCUUUAUCAUAUCUAUUUUUGCAUAUGUUUGUUAAAUGUUUUGAUACCACUGAAUAAAUUCCAUCUGGCUUUUGUACUAUG